GGCGCAGGUAAGGGCUAUAAGAGCUUUGUUUGCUCCCAUGUUUUUUUGCCGGUUUAUUGGAAAAUAGAUAUGAAUUAUAAGUAAAUGUUUUAUGUAUUGUGUCUGAGACUACAUAUACAGGCAUCCUCGAGACAGCUCAGUGUCAUGUAAGAUGAUUCUUCGUGUCUCAUCCCACACCUGUGCAUGGCUCUGAUGUGAGGAUGCGCUGCCUGGUGGCGAGAGUCAACCACAAACCGUUGAUCGUCCUUUGUGCAGUCUUUGCUCUAAUCACAGUUGUGCUGUGGAACAAGUGCUCCAGUGAUGUGGCUGUGCAUCCGCCAACCAGGCCCCAACCUGAGCCUGCGCCCACCAUAGAGGAAGACGAGGACCACAGGCAGCUCGCUGAAGUGCCCCUGGUUGGCAAAGAGGUGCAGUACGAGCAGAUCGACUGCCUCAUAAAUGAGGACGUGACGAUCAAAGGCCGCCGAGAAGGAAACGAGGUGUACCUUCCCUUCAGCUGGGUUGAGAAAUACUUCAAUGUCUAUGGGCAUCUGGUACAGUACGAUGGAACGGAAAGGUUUGAGUUUUCUCACAGCUACUCACGCGUAUAUGCCCAGAGAGAACCCUAUCAUCCUGAUGGGGUCUUCAUGUCAUUCGAGGUCUACAAUGUGGAGGUGAGAGACCGCGUGAAGUGCGUCAGUGGAGUAGAAGGUGUGCCCAUUUCCACACAAUGGGGUCCACAGGGCUACUUUUACCCAAUCCAGAUUGCCCAGUAUGGACUAAGUCACUACAGUAAGAAUCUUACAGAGAAGCCACCUACCAUAAAGACCUAUGGCUUCAUGGAAGAACGAGAGAGCAGCCCCAGUCCCUGGACAGUCCCUAAAGGUUGUUUGAUUGCCAAGCUCCAUGAUCCAGGACAUGCAUCCACUAUUUACCAGUUCACCACACCCGAAAAUUCAGAAGGUGUGUCUCUGCUUUUGGACAACUCCAAGGAUUUUGUCCUGUCCUUUGAUGUGAAGUUCACUUUAAAUGGUAGCGUGUCAGUGGUGUUGGAGACGACAGAGAAGGGACCUCCGUAUACCAUUCACUAUAUCACCAGCUCCCUUCUUAUUGCCUUCAAGGACAGGGAGGUCACUUACGGCAUUGGACCCCAGGCAGUGUGGAAUACCCUGAGCCGAGACUUGGUGACUGACCUACGUAAGGGAGUGGGUUUGUCUAACACUAAAGUGGUGAAGGCGACACGGAUCAUACCUCGACGUGUGGUCCAGCUGGUCCUGCGUGGUUCAGGCUUCAUCAGCAACAUCACCAUCUCCUCCACAGCUCACAUGGCUGCCUUCUUUGCUGCUAGCGAUUGGCUCCUACGCAACCAGGACGAGCGAGGUGGAUGGCCAAUCAGAGUGGCCCGCAAGUUAGGGGAAGGAUUUAGGACACUGGAGUCUGGCUGGUACUCUGCCAUGGCACAGGGACAAGCCAUGUCCAUGCUGGUGAGGGCGUACCUCGUAACACACGACCUUGUGUACCUCAGCGCGGCCAUGCGCGCCACUGCGCCUUUCAAGCGCAUGUCGGAGCAGCAUGGUGUGAAAGCUCUGUUCAUGAACAAAUACGACUGGUAUGAAGAGUACCCCACAACACCCAGCUCUUUCGUUCUCAACGGCUUCAUAUACUCGCUGAUCGGACUGUACGACGUGGCUGAAAUAGCAGGGGACAAGCUUGGCCGAGAGGCCGGCGUACUGUUCAGCCGAGGAUUAGAGUCUCUUAAGUCCAUGCUGCCACUGUUUGAUACAGGUUCUGGAACUGUAUAUGACCUGAGGCAUUUCACAUUGGGUGUGGCACCAAAUCUGGCACGCUGGGACUACCACACCACUCACAUAAACCAACUGCAGCUGCUGUCCUCAAUAGACAGCAGUCCCAUUUUUAGAGAGUACGCAAAACGCUGGAAAAGCUACCUUAAAGGAGGCAGGGCCAAGCACAACUAAAGACACACCAAAAAGACUUUUGAGAGGAAGGAACCUGCUAAUUUGCUUUCAAAGGCUGAAUCAUUGUGCACAUCAAAGCAGUAUGCACUGAUCCAAAUGAAGAACGUAUAUAUUUUACCUGGGAAACAUUCUCCAUUAUUUAAGCGUUGUUCUUCUCAAACAUACCGUCACACAUUGUGAAGAUUAAACGCAGCAUUUGAGCAGCAAUGUUACUUCAUACUUCCAAAAUAGUGAAAACAAUGCAGAUAUUUACAUGCACUUUAAGCACAUCCAAUGUUGAUUUGUUAAAAUAUUGUCGGUCCGUGACAGAAACCAAUAUUGUAACUGGUGAUGUAUUAUCAAACUAAUACUUUAUGUUCCUUCAUUAUGCUGGGGCAUUUUUCAAAGUUUUGUGCAAUAAUUUCAUGUUGCUUGUAUGUCUUAUUUAUAUCUUAUCGGUAAGUGGUGUAACUUACAACGCAUAAUUAAUUACGUAUUUUAUUUUUUUGUAUUUAUUAAUUAUGUAACUAUAGUAAAAUGACAGUCAAUGUGAGGUUUCUUUGUAUAAAAAUAUAUUGAAGAUUGCAUACUGUUCUAAUGCUCAUGUUAUCCACAGAUGUUCUAGAGUCUGUGGUUUUAUAUUAUUAGCAGCUUCGAAGGAAAAAUAAAUGUUUUUGGCCAGGAA